ACCUAUUAUCUCAUACAUGUUUGACAAACUAAAUAAAUAAAAUAAAUAAAAAAGUCGUAUAGGUAGAGUCUUAUAACUCUAUUGCACCCACGAUUCACAACCCUAUACAGGAAGGUAACUCCCGGCCGCUUUUUAACCACCGAUCGCUCAGGUGCGCGCGCUCAUACGACCCCUAGCCCCCUCGUCCUUCUCCCCUUCGCCCUCCCGAAGUGCGAGUCCCGCGACACGUGUCUCACGCCAGGCAUUGAAAGCACAGCCCCGCCCUCCAGCCCCGUUCUCACGCUAAACGCCGCUGCGUCACAGAGCGGACGUAAAGCUUCGAAGAGGCGCGCAAGCCCUUUCCAUCAGCCCCGGACGUUUCCCAUUGCUUUUUCUCCCGACGCUGGGUUCGGCUUCAGAAGGGCUUCCCGGCAUUCUCCCUGUUCUCCGAUUGCCAGCCGCCGAGGAAAGGCAGCGCGUGCGGGAUCCCUUCCCUCCCACAGGCGCUUCCUUCCAACUUAGGGGACGUACCCGGGGUGGCCUCCUCCGACCUUUAGCCUGCUUCGGAGGCGCUCUUAGGCACCCAGUUCUGGCGGUUGCGCUCCUUCCUUCGGAUUAGCCCUUGGUCGCUGCUUGGGUCGUCCCCGCCGCCCCCACGAGCCUCCCCCAUGGGUGCAGAGAGUCCUAGUCGCGGCGCCCCUGCCUGGCGGGCGGGCUGGCUGUUGCUGCCCUCCUACCGCCUCCUUGCCCGCCAGAGCUGAGAGCGCGCGAGUCUAUUAGCGGUCGCGUGGUAGCGAUGGCGGCUUUCAGGGAGCCUGUUCCUGUCACUGGAUACUUCCCAGCGGCGGCGGGAGCGGCGUUUAACUGGUUUGGCCGCGGCCGGCGGCACGUUGCGGAGCCGCUCUGCGGGAGGGCCCGAGGGUGGUCCUGACCGGCUCUCCUCCCCCGCCCUCUCCCUCGCUCCCCUCAGGCGCCCGACUCUCUCGGCCAGCCCCGCCGCCGCCGCCGCUGCCAUGGGCAUCCUGGACAGGCUGAGGAAGGACUGGUUCAUGCUGGGGAUCGUCCUGGCCAUCACCGUCGCCAAGCUGGAGCCGGCCUUUGGAGUGAAGGGGGGACCACUGAAACCAGAAAUCACUAUCACAUAUGUAGCUGUCUCUACUAUAUUCUUCAAUAGUGGACUAUCUCUGAAAACAGAGGAGCUGACAAGUGCUUUGAUGCAUGUAAAAUUGCAUCUUUUUGUACAGAUCUUCACACUUGUAUUCUUCCCAACAGUUAUAUGGCUAUUUCUUCAGCUUCUAUCUAUUACAUCUAUAAAUGAAUGGCUUUUAAAAGGUUUGCAGACAGUAGGCUGUAUGCCUCCGCCUGUAUCUUCAGCAGUGAUUUUAACUAAAGCUGUUGGGGGGAAUGAGGCAGCUGCUAUAUUUAACUCUGCCUUUGGAAGUUUCUUGGGCAUUGUUAUAACUCCUUUGCUCCUACUGCUUUUUCUUGGAUCCUCUUCUUCUGUGCCUUUUUCAUCUAUAUUCUCACAGUUGUUCAUGACUGUUGUAGUUCCACUCAUAAUUGGACAGAUUGUCCGAAGAUACAUCAAGGAAUGGCUUGAGAGAAAGAAGCCUCCAUUUGGUGCUAUCAGCAGUUGUGUACUCUUGAUGAUCAUCUAUACAACAUUCUGUGAUACUUUCGCUAAUCCAAAUAUUGAUCUUGAUAAAUUUAGCCUGAUCGUAAUAGUUUUUAUAAUAUUUUCAGUUCAGCUGGGAUUUAUGAUGUUAACUUUCUUCUUUUCUACCAGAAAGAGUUCUGGCUUUACACCAGCAGACACAGUGGCUAUUAUUUUCUGUUCCACACACAAAUCUCUAACCUUAGGUAUACCAAUGCUGAAGAUAGUAUUUGAAGGCUACAAGCAUCUGUCCUUAAUUUCAGUCCCAUUACUUAUAUAUCACCCCGCCCAGAUCCUCCUUGGCAGCAUUUUGGUACCAACAAUAAAAUCUUGGAUGAUUUCUAGACAAAAGGCAAUGAAAUUAACAAGGCAGCCCAAAGUACCAGUGAAAGUAUAAUGGAACAGCCCUCGUGAAUGUAUAUAUGUCCUAUUUUGUACAUACACAGAGACAAUGCAAAAGAUGAUCCUAUAUGAAUGUUGCCUCAGCACUUACUUUAUUUUUAUACCUACAAAUAUAUUUAAAAUACCUACUGAAGUGCCUUAAAAUACUUUUGACAAAAGCAUUGAUUCCAAAAUCAGAUGACUGGUUAUUAUAAGAGGUUGCACUCAGAAUUUCCAUUCAUUCACUUUUAUUUCUCUUCCUGAGCAAAUCAUCCUAGCAGUGAAACUUCAAAGCUUCCAUGAUCACAUCUUAGUCUCAAUCCACCAAAUGGUUCCUCUUCUGUAAGCUUUAUUGCAGUGAAUGAAGACCAAACUGGACCUCUCAGUUGUCCUAAUUAUUUGUGAACUUUGUAUAUGUUUUCCUGGGCACUGUUUUCUUCUAGAUCCUUGAAGAUGAUUUCUGAAGAUUUAAGUGAGAAAAAAAACUUGAUUUUUGGUGAUUCUGUCACGUCCUUAUUUUGACAUGCCUUUUUUCUUCCAAAUUUGUGUAUAUUCAGCAAGGGGCCAGCCAUUGGAGAGAAACUGAGAAGCACAAACUUUGCAUUUGUUGAGACCAUUUUCUCCACCUUCCUUCAAAGUAAAUGGCUUCUCAGGAUAAUUCAGAUUCAUUUUUAUGGUGCUGUGGCAUUUAUAUCUUAAAUGAACUGUGAACUUCUUCAAAGGCAAGGCCAUAAGGAAACACCAGUGAUUUACAAGCACUGCUGGAUGAGUGUUUUUAUUAUCAUUGCUAUAGUUUACUAAAGCCAAUUAUCUUUUUCCCUUGUGCAGGACAUCCCACCCAAUAGUGGCAGAAAAAUACUAAUAUUGCAGCGGUCACUUUAUUGCCACUUACAAGCUUUUCAGUGCUAUAUUGUUCGAUAUCCCAUGAGCAGCAUACAAAAACUAAUGAGGUUGGAAGACUGCCCCCUCAAGCUAAUAUAUAUAUAUAUAUAUAUAUAUAUAUAUAUAUAUAUAUAUAUAUAUAUAUAUAUAUAUAUAUAUAUAUAUAUAUAUAUUCCAUAGAAAUUUAAGCAGCAUUGGAAUGAAUAUAUAUCUAGUUAACCUGACAAUCAGAGUUUAAAGGUGAUUUUUUAAAAACAAAAUCUUAACUUUUUAGCAGGGAUGUUGAUUAAUAUCCACAUUUGGAUAAAAAGAAAGGGAAAAUAAAACAAUAUAUAGUUAAUAAUAUAAUCAACAGGACACUUAAAGAUAUUGGCCUUCAGAUCUCAAAUUUAGAAACAACAUUAUUUCCACAGCGGUGUGGGAGCCAUGUAAAGAGUCUAUAAAAAAUGUAUGGGUUUCUAGUGCUUUCAGAGUCCUGUUUUUCUUGACAUGUGCAGGGAAGCUGCCUUAUCCAAGAGCACAUUUAUGCAUUUUCCUCUGCAUAACAUCCCAUGAAGUAAAACCCUGGUUUUAAACACAGAUACUUUUCUGCAUUAUAGUAGAAAACUGCAAAAGCCUCUUGAAGACUGGCAUAUAUCUUGUAUGUUGUUCUAAUUUCAGAUUUAAACUAUUGGAAACAUGCCUACUCCUUCUAUCCCAACAUGUUGGGAUUAACUAUCCUUUCCCAGUAAUUUUAUCAGAUGCCAAGCUGAAAUGUUUGAUGUUAGAAACAAUUUGUGUCAAAUAGCUUGCUCGCUAGUGUCCAGUUGCCCAUUUUUCUGAAAUAAGCAGUUGUUUCCUGAAUGAUAAAGAUGUAUGAAUCAGCAAACUCUAAGCAUCUAUUUAACAGCUAUUGAAUUUGGUGAAAUUUCAGAAGUCAGCAUAAAAGAUACUGGUGUCCUGCCCCUCAAUCAUUUUUAUGUACAUCAUAAAUCAUAAUUCUAAAGUUGUUGUGACAUAUAUGUCUUUAACCAUAAUCACAAAAUUAGCAAAACCUGCAGAAAUGCACAGCAAAGCAAUCACAAGCAAGAUUCUCCCACUAAGCCAAUCAAGAUGUAAAUCACACAUUCCUUGCAUUUCCUACUGGUGGCUUUAAUAUACAACAAAGACCAAUUUUAAAACUUGAAGAGAGAAAAAAUUAGAAAAAGCACGCACUGCUCAUUUUCCUGUUUGUUUUUUAUAAAUCUUUUUCUAAGUUUAUAAAUAUGUGUUACCAAGUCAACAGCCCUUUUAGCCAUUGACUAAGUAACGCAGGGGUUAAACUUGGCAAGUUGAAGUCCCAGAAUUUUGGGAGUUGAAGUCCACAAGACUUAAAGUUGCCAAGUUUGAAGACCUCUGAAGUAACGGAAAGAAUGGUUUGUUUUAUGAGAGAUUUGCAAAUUUAUUUUGCAUGCAAGUUCCAGGGAAAUGUAAAGAAUUUGCACAAGAAUGCAUGUUACCUUGUUACAGAGAUUCAGUUGAAUUGCCCAUUACAGAUGAAAACAUGGUUCUCAUUUGCUUUGGUUCAUUUCCCACUCUUCCGUCUUCCUCUUAAGUUAGGCAACAUCCUUUGAACAGUUAGUACACUGCUACUAUUCCAACAGAUCUACCUCGAGUUCAAGAUUUUGAUGAACAUGUAUCAUGGCAGUUUCAUAUAUAUUUUACCAAAUUCCAUGGAGAGACGUUUGGGGAUAAUGUUGUUUAUGGUUGGAGAAAACUAAAUGGCAUAUAUUCUUUUAUUUACUUAAUUGUUGAGUAGAUUGUUUUAGAAU